AUGACUCGUCAAUUAGUACGACAAACAUCGUCCUAUUCUCAGGGACAAACUUAUAUUUUACCAUUGCUCAUGUCAAUUUUACCCGGUAUUGAUUUAAAUGAUUUCGAAAAGACAUCAGUAACAUUGGAAUUUCUCAAUACCAUUUUUAUGUUAAUCUCAUGUGUUGAUUGUUCUUCAGCAGUACAUGUUCGAAAUGAUCUUAAUGAGAUUGAAAAAGAAGUUUGUCUAUCCACUGCAAAAUUUGAAGAUUUUAUAGCAAAACUUCUCGAUCGAAUAUUUCAAAUGAUUAAUAUACUAUCAACGGACAUAUCGGAUGUUGUGAUCAACAAUGGAGAUCAAAAAGAUUAUGAUAUGUUACAAGUGAAAUUAACAUCAAUAAUGACCAAUAUUCUACAACAGUGUAGUAACAAUAUUUUUCAAAUGGUAACAAAAGAAAUAACACAUUUUAUUACUGGUUCAAUUUUUUUGCCGAAAGUGAGACAACUAGUCGCUGGACUCGUUCGAGCCAUUGUCAAAUGCCGUCCAAUUGAAACGUUGAAGUACCUCUUACCCCAAACAUGUGAAUCAAUCGAAAAGAUCUUAGAUCAAACCGACAUAACUCUUUUAAACGAUCAUAAUGGUGAUCUAGAACUAACUUGGUAUUUGACUCUGUUCGCUGAAUUAGUUCAAGCACGCGGUGAUACUUUACUUGCUUACCAACAAAUGAUUAAAUCAGUCUUUCAUCGAUCUAUUCGAAUACUUCACAAAGAUUCUUAUGAAGCUAUCUCUAUCGCAAUCAAAAAUUUGCUUCGAUCACUUUUGAAUGUUUAUCCAACAGAGUAUCGUCUAAAUAGAGAAAAUUUCGAUGAGUCAUUUGUUAAUGUCUUACCUAUUCGAACAUGGGGACAAAAUGUUGAUUUCAAUCAAAUUCAAGUUCAAUAUCACAUUCCUAAUGUUGAUGAAAUCGAUUUUGCUUGUGAUUUUGUCAAUACAUUUAUCUAUUCAGAAUUAGCAUUAUUGAAAGAGAACUUUUCGAAAAUUUCGAAAGAUGAACGACAAAGAUCGCUGCAAAUUAUUUAUAGGAUAGUCGUUGGAUGUUUCCGCAUCGUACCACGUAUCGAAAGCAAACCAGUUCAAGAUCUAACAUGGGGACAAAAACAGAUGGCCAUGUCUUUCUUAUGUCUACUCCUUCAAAAACAUGUAUCUUUACCAUCGUCAUAUAUUGACACUUGUAUUGAUUUUCUCAUUCAUGAUAAUAUUGAAUUAAGAAAGUAUGCUGUCAAAGCGACUGCAGCUUUUUGUCGUUUACAAAAACCACCUCAAAUUUAUGUUGAAAAAUCACUCGAAGAAAUUCUUCAUAGUACUGAUCAAUCGAUAAGCAUGGUCGUCAACGAUCCAUGUAAACCAGGCGAUCGUGAUGAUAAUUUAUGGAUAACAUAUAAUGAUUAUAAAUGUCCUAAACUACAAACGGAAUGGGAACAAGCGUGCUUCUUGGAUAAAGUAUUUCAUGGUUAUUAUCAAUGGCCAAAGAUGAUCGAAUAUCCAGUAAAUAAAUGCGAAUUUUACACUCGUGAUCAAAUGCCGAAACACGUAUUGAUCAUCUUUGAUCGUUUUCUUGACAAAAAUUUUGUAGCAAAAUUUACUAAACUUAUUAUAUAUGAUGAAGGUACGAUUGACUUCAAUAAGACUCGAUUUUUAAUGUACAAGGGUCUCUUUCGUAAUUUUGGCCUGGCAUUGGUUGAAAAUUUCAUCGAACAGUCAUACGUACUCAUUCGUGAAAAGAUACAAGAGAAGUAUGAAGGUAGUCAUCGAGCAGCAGCUGAAAUUAUAGCCGGCAUGAUUCGUGGUUCAAAAUAUUGGUCAUUAGAAAUGGUCAGUAAAAUAGCUUCGAUUUCAAGAGAUCCUAUUAGAAAAUAA